ACCUCUCGGGAGAAACAUCUAGUAGGGCGGAAGUGCUUCGGAAGCUGCGUGGAAAUUGUUUGCAGUCUUUUUGGGGACGUUGUAAAGCACCAAUAGACCAACGGCAAAGAUAAUGGAAGUAGAUUAUAAUCCUAUGGAUUUGCCUAUUAACACUAUUUAUGAUCAAGAUUCAGAAUUCAAAGAUUUGGAAGGAACAGACGUAAAAGAUAUGCGGUUAGAAGCAGAGGCGGUUGUCAACGAUGUCCUGUUUGCCGUUAGCAAUAUGUUUGUUUCAAAAAGCUUACCUUGUGCUGUGGAUGUGGCCUACAUCAAUGUAGAGAUAAAGGAAGGGACCAGAUACUGUCUUGAACUUACAGAUGCUGGACUGAGGGUGGUUGGCAAUUCUUUUGAUCAUGUAGAUGAAGAGUCACAAAAUCCAUACCAUGAGACGAUUUAUUCCUUACUGGACUCCCUUAGCCCAGCGUACCGCGAGGCAUUUGGAAAUGCCCUGCUGAGAAGACUGGAAGCCUUGAAAAGAGAUGGACAAUCUUGAUCUAUAAAUUUUAAAGUAGCAGUGCCACUUAAUUAAACAAAACUUUUACUUCUUUUGAUACAAUUUAAUUUGCUCCCUUUUAGUAUUCUGACCACAGUCUUUACUGCACUGCAGUAUCUUUUAAUACAUUUAUUUGUAGCAGUAAUCAGUCUGGCGUUUUUGUGGUAAAAUCUACUGGAGAAAAUUCACCCAUUGGCUCAAAAAUGUUGAAUGCACAUAUACUGAUACUGCCAUUUGAAAUGAAACCAUCAUAUUUUAAUAAUGGAAUUGCUGCUUUAACAUGUAUAUACUGUAGUAUUAAGCCUUUCAUUGUCGAAAUGACUUGCAACGUGUUUGAGGCCUUUCCCUCAUAAAUGGAGUUUUACUGGAAAGUUGCCACAUUGCUUACCAUUUUGCAUGAUAUUGCUCUUUCAAAUCUAGACUGCAGAGCAUCUUGUACGUUUCUGAUGAUGCACACAGCACAAAUAGCUUCUAGUAUAUUAAUAGGAAACUGUAACAUGUAAAUGUGAUGCUGAAUUUACAUGAUAAUCUGAUUUAAAACUCUGUACUUCAUAGAUAAUCUUGCUUGCAAAUAAAAAAAUGUCAGUAUUGGAUAGUAGCAAAAGCUGUAGACAUGCGAAUAUCUACAUGUUUUGUCGUUAUUUGGCACUAAUACUGCAGCCUGGCUUCAUUUGUUUUGUUCUUGUUAUCUAUAUAAGUGUACUAGCGUUGUCUGCAUUUUUGAGGCAGGAUAUUUAAAAUCAUUGAGGACAAAUAAUUGCAAGUAUAUAUUGCGGAAAUAUCUAUUGGCUAAAAAACAUUUAUUUAAUGUCUUUAUUCCUCUGUAAAAUGUUAUUUUAUCAUUUUUCUUUCCAUACUGUCACGUUUUUCUUGUGUUCCUCUCCGUUUUACGAUUCAGUGACUUUAUUUGCAUGGACAUCUUUAUUUUGCCGAUUUUUUUUUUUUUUUUUAAAUGACUGACCAUAUCUCUUCGGUGGCAAUUAACCAAAGUCGGGUGACGCUUACACGAAUGUAUAACUAUGGAGGGAUUUCUAAACGUCUAAGAUAAAUGUUUGUUUUGGAACAUGCAUCUUGGAUUAAAUUACCAAUAAAUAUAUUUAUGCAAAGUU